AUGGAUAAUAUUGUUAAUGAUCUAGAAGCUGGUGUAUCCUCAAACAUUCCACGUAAUUCAAAUAAAAAAAUGCGAAAACGUAAACAACUUAAUAAUUUAUUAAAAUUUCGUUUAACAAAAACAAAUUCCAAUGAUAUUCUUCGAAGUUCUGAAGAUGAAUUAUUUUUACCACAACAAAAAUUAUCAAUAACAAAAUCACGUACAUCUCGAUAUCGUUUCUGUUGGAAAUAUUUUCAAUAUAUUUCUUGUUUUACUCUUCUUUGUUUAUUUCUAUUUGUUUGUGUUGGGUUAAUUUCUUCAAAUAUUAAAUUAAAAAAUGAAAUUCAACAUCUUUCAUCACGUAUUACUGAAAUCGAAAAGAAAUCUUCGGAUUUAGACUUAAAUAAUAUUUUAUCAACUAUUGAACAAAUUAAAAUUCGAUUAAAUUUUCUUGAACAUUUGAAUUUUUCAUUAAUUAAUGAUAAUAAUGUUAUUUCAUCUAAAAGUCGACUUAUUGAACGUAGAUUAAUAACAUCUCCUAAACAAACUAAUAAAUUAUAUGUAAAAAAUCAACAAUUGGAAAAUAUGAUUAAUAAAACUUUUGUUGAAGUGUAUGAUCAAUUAAAUUCUCUACGAAAUGAUGUUCUUAAUUUCAAUCAAACUAUUAAAAUACAACAAUUAACAACAUAUGUAGACGAAUUAACCCAGUUUUUUCAUAACUCAUCUGAUAAAACAACCGUUGUUCUCAAUAAAUUCCAGUCUGAUCUUGAUAAAUUACGAGGAAAAAUAGAUGAAUGCAAAUGUUCAAAAGAACUCAUUCAUUUGAAAUCAACAGUUGUUAAUAGUGAUCAAUUACAACAAAGUAUUGUUACAAAAGAUAACCUGAUCAGUUCUUCUUCUUCUUCGACGAAAAGCAUCUCAACAAAUUCUAAAACAUGUAAAUUGAUGUCAAAACGUCGACAGUUAUUUGUUGGUGUACUUGAUAAACAGAUAUGGACGAAUGAAAAACUAUGUGCUUAUUUUAAUAAACAUGCUACUAGAAAUGAUGAUCAAUAUGUCGUACAUUGUGAAAUAAUGGAAUAUAAUGAUGCAAGAUUUGAUGGCAAAUCAUUUGCAUUUAUAACAUUUACUGACGAAGCUUGUGUUAAUUAUUGUAUGGAAAAAAGAGCUGAAUUUUAUGAUGAAUAUGGAAUCACACUUAAACGUUUAUUACCAGAUAAUGUUACUAAAUGUGAAAGACUUAUGUCAACACCAGAUAUUGUUAUUCGUAUAAGUUUACCAGAUCCAUUAUUUAAUAAUGCAAAUAUUCGUUCAUAUUUUGGUGAAUAUGGAAAAGUUAUGGAGACAAAAAUGCUUGACGAAGAAGGUACUGCUGGUAUAUGUCUGAUAACAUUUGAAGAGUUUGAUUCAUCGGAUCGUGUUCUUCUUGAUGCACCACAUUAUUUAAAUGGAAAAAUACUUUCAAUUCAUAAAUAUACAUCACCAGAAUAUGUAUGUAGUUUAUCACAAUAUCGUCUAAUUGAUGAAACAAAUGUUCAUCAAGUCAGACGAUGGUAUCCAAUAUUUCGAAAUUUAACAGAAUUUAUGCGUCCAAUACAUAUAUUAUAUAAAACUCAAUUUGCUUUAGCUAAAUAUAAUCUUAAUAAACAAAUUUUAACAAGUCGAGAACAUUUAAAUAAAACAAAAGAAAAUCUUGCAGAAUUUGAAAAUAAAUGUAAUGAUAUUAAACAAGAUUUUAUUCAAUUAUGUAAACUUAAUCGAGAUUUAAAUAAACGAGUUGAAGAUAUUGAAGUAAAGAAUAAAAAAAUUCAAAUUGAGUAUGAAAAUCAAAUUGAAGAACAAAUUAAAAAAAAUCAAUUAUUACAAGAUGCUAUUAUGUGCUUACAAAAUAAUUCUUCAUUAUAG